AUGGAAAAGCAGCAGCCAUCUCCAUCCAUGGCAGGAGAGUGGGAUCUUGCAUCUCAUAUCCCGCCAGCGCUAGAGACUCCUGAAAUACCUCUGCUAUCGGUGGGAUUACAAGCUAUGGGUCUCUCAGAUCAAGGACAGAAUCAACAGAAUAGAGAAGAAGAAAAGGAGGAGUUUACUCUGUUGCUGAAGGUUGCAUGCUCAGGAGGAACACCGAAGAUUCUAUCUCUUGGUUCAGUUCAGCAAGCAAUGAUAAGGGCCUGGAGGAACAAUUUCUACAAAGUUUCUCAGGUAAAUCAGUUGAUUUUCAGAGCGCACUUCUCUUCUUUCGAAUCCAUGAUGUUCGUGUAUACAAAGCAGCCAUGGACAGUAGGAUCUGAUGUUAUGCUGAUAGAGUUUGAAAGUCCGAGAAAAGAUAUUGAGAAAGGAGACUACAAAUUUGAAUAUGUGUAUGCUACUAUCAGAGCCUAUGGGAUUCCAAAAAAACACAGAUCCUUCAAGAUUCUCAAGGAUAUACUGAACCUUGUUGGUAACCAAUCUGAGUUCCAUGAACUGAGACAAGUAAUGCUAGAAUCAAGACCAGAUUACAUAUGGGGAAUUGCCAAGAUCAAAGUAGGAAUGUCUGUAUAUGAUCGAGUGAAGCUUUUGUAUUCAGUUAAUGAAGCGGGAAUCACUUAUCUCAAUUAUGAGAAAAUUGGAAGAAUCUGUGUAUUCUGUGGAGUAAUGUUUCAUACAGUGAGAAAUUGCAAUCUUAGACAAAGGAUUGUUGCAGAGAAAAUUCGGUCAGGCCAAGCAGACCAAGCACAACAGGUGCCGUUCCAGCGUUAUGGUUCAUGGAUGGUGGAGCCUGCAGAUAUUCCAAUAAAUUUUGCUGUUCAAGGUGAAGGAAGCAAUCCAAUCUUCAGUACAUAUCAGAGCCCACACAUUGGCAGAUCCCAGAGAGCUAUUGGAGAAGAUCAGUUGAGGCAAAGAGCAGGUGAAGGGUCGAAUGCAGGUAUGACAAGAAGAAGACUGCAAUUCGAAGAACAUUCUUCAGCAAAGGAGCACGAACAGCAGUUGCAAGAUAGUACUGUUCAUACACCAAGAAGCAUUGAUGGCGGGAACCAAACUCAGAGCGGUGCUCGGAGGACAGCUAUAGUGCAUGAAAGACACGUUGGAGGGACAGUUGGUGCCGCCGCUAGUGCUGGAAAAAGUGUACUCGAGAAUAACCCGGCUUCUCCUUUUCCUAAUCCCCAACUCCCCUCGCUGGCCAAAUCACCACCAAAGCGAGCGAGCACCUCGCUCGAUCUCGUGUCCCAGCAGGCGGCGAAGCGAGCGGCGCCCGCGACGGGCCAAGAUGGAGACGGAGGGGACGCCGAUCUGCAGGCGAUGCAGAUGUGCCCGCCGGCUUUCGGAGCCGGCUCCCUUGGCGCACAGCUGGAGGAAGGAGGAGGUGCUCGAGCUCUCCCGAGUGCGGCUCAAGCCAUCGCCGACUCGAGAGGCGGAGGAGGAAUCCUUGGAGCAAGGCCAAGCUUCUCCAACAAACCAAGGUCAAAUCCCAACCCCACUCUUUCCGCUGCAAGGAGCAGGAAUCGACGUAGACCUUCAGGAUGGGAUGUUGAAGAGGUUGCCAAUGCUGGAAUUGGCCACAGAGUUGUUGGGAUUACUCACCAUAAACCUGGUGCUUCCACCUGGCGUCGUGUUCACCGGGCUCAAGAAGUGGCUGUGGGCAAUGCUGGUGGCAGAGAUGCUGGCCAGACUGUGGGGAUAUUUGGUAUCCCCAAUUCUGCUUCAAACUGUGCAUCGCCGGCUCAUAGCAGCUCGGCUCAUCGAGCAGACCAUGAUCCCUGGCCGCUACACACGCCGUCGCCGUCUCACUCUAUGGCUACGCAAGAUUCUCAACAAGGAGGUUUCUCACCUCCUCCUUUGGCUCGCGAGCACUAUGUGGGUAUGGAUGGCUGUUUUGGCAGUGAUGCAACCGGAGGCCAGGCAAAUGUUCAAGGCCAAAUUCAACUGGGCACCUCUAGCAAUGAUGCUACACAAGCUGUGUGUGACAACUCUGGGAGAACAAGCAUGGACAUGGAUCUCGAGGCAGCGGCGCCAGCCCUUAAGGCGCCACGGGCGCCAUGAGAGCCUUAGGAUGGAACUGCCAAGGUAUGGGCAGGACCCUUGGCAGUAACAAGAUGGUGUAUCUUGCCCGGAUGAUAGCCUCUACUAAACCUCAGCUUUGUAGUGCCCUCUCGAAGACGCUCGGGCGGGCUCUGGUUGAUGUGGAAUGACGAGCUUCAAGUGACUGUGAAUAGUUCUAGUACCCAUGUUAUCCUAGCUACUGUAGUUUAUAGCACUAGAAAUCUUAAAUUUGGCUUAGUGUGUAUAUAUGGUGAUCCGUAUCAUCGACAAACUACUGCUAUCUGGGAAGAA